UCUGAUUGUGUGUUUCGUAAAAAACGUUCUGAGCGAAUAAAUUUUAAUUUAUUUAUUACUUUUGCUUGUAAUUCGAAAUUUAUUCAGUUUUUUUCUUUAACUGGGAAUUUUUUCGAAAAUUAAAACAAUAUUUAAUACCGUCAACGUUCACAUUGGCUUAAGUACAAAAAUUUGUAUGCAUUUUAAAUCGAACGCCCUUAGACUAAAGAAGGUCUUUAUGAGAUUUAUUCCCUGUUGAAAUAGAUUCUUGAGAGCGUUACGAUUUUAUUCGAAAUUUUAAAGGCCGUUUAUGCUAAAUUCAAUAUUGAAGAUAUAACACUAAAUUCGUGUAAAUUCGAAAUUCAAAAUAAAUUAAAUUGAUCUGACUGCUUUCUGAGUUGGUAAUGGAACUGCCCACUGGUAAAACAGUUUUGUGCCUGCUUCGCUUUAGAAAGCGUUUGAAUACUGCAGAAAUAAUAAAAUAUGGGUUGGCUUACUGUAACAAUGGAAAUACAACAAAAGCGCAAAUUUUGGAGGGAAUAUCUUGCCUGGUGAGCAUGGGUUUGGUAAAAAGAAUUACAGCUAAUAAGAAUAAAAAGGAACCCUUCGAAGAGUGUAAAGAAGAUGACGAUGCAGAAUACGAACUAACAGGAACAAGUAAAUAUAAAUGGUUGGAAUCUGAUGCUACUAGUGAGGAAGAAACUGAGACUACUUUAAGUAAACUCAAACAAAAGGACUUAAAUAGCUUACUAUCAAUAAAGAAAGAAAAGGAUAUGGUUUAUGUUGAUUGUCAACAGCAUGUAGAAAACUAUCUAAUGACUAAUACGCACGCUUUGGUUGACGAUAGUAAACUGAGAAAUAUUUCACCAGAUGAAAGUAAACAGGAAGAGGCUGCUUUGUUCAAUGAAAGUAAGCAGGAUCACACAGUUUCACUUGACGCAAGUAAGCAGGCAAAGACUAUUUCACUUGAUGGAAGUAAACAGGAAGAGCCUAUUUCACUUGAUGAAAGUCAACAGGAAGACCCUGUUUCACUUGAUGAGAGCAACACUGCUGGCUCUACGAUUAUAAAUAUGAUUAAAGAUCAUGCUUUAAUGAUGACAACUCUUUUCAAACGAGAAUCAUCUGAGAAGAUAUCAGAAAAAGUUAUUAACCAAUCCGUUAAAGAGAAACGUCAGCACAUUUCUGAGGUAGAAGAAAAUAACAUAUCCGUUAAAAGUGAUAAUAUUGCUACUGAUAUGUGCAACGAUGACUUUAAGAAAUAUGUACUUGAUAGUGAGGACAAUACUAAAGCAUAUGCUGUGGUUCAAAGCAAACAGACCAAGGUACCGUUGGAUAAAAAACCUGAGAAGAAGAAGAAAAAGAAGAUUAAGCAAGUUAUUGGUAAAAAAAUCAAAUAUCAUUCUAAAAAGAAAAAGUUAUUGGUUGCAAAAACGCCUCUACAAAAACGUUGCAUUAAUGGUGACAUUAAAGAUGUUAAAGGUGUAAAAGGUGUAAAAGGUAUUAAUAAGGAUUUAUGUUGUAAGAAGCUUGAGAGAAAAAUCAAAGGAGCUGUCCGGGGUAAAAAUAAUCGUGUUCAUCCUUUACCAAAGAAGAUGGCAAUGGAAAGGAAUACUCAACAAGAGCGUAUUAUUGAAAAUUUCCGUGCUGUUAUGAAGAAAGGUAAACAAAUUGUUAAUGCUAAAAAGCGGCUACCGAAAAAAAAGCCGAAUGCAAAAUGUCAGCAAAACAAGUGCGUUAUGAAAAUGUGUAACCACUGUAAAAAAGUUAAAGUUUACAUUAAGAAGGUUUAUGGCACUGGUAAGAUUCAGACAUAUAGGGUCAGAUUAGGUGAUGAAAUAAAUGCUGAAGAUAUGAAAACUAAUGAGAUAUAUAACAGAUUAUUUGGUGACACAAAGCUUGAUCCCAAGCCAAUAAAUAAACGUAAAUUAGGUAAAAAAAUUAAGAAUAAAGUCAAUUUACGUAAAAGACCUCAUGUCAUGUGUAAUGAAAACGAUGUGAUGAAAAUAGUCAAAGAACUACGUGUCCACUGUAACACACCAGAGGAUGGUAUAUACUUACAAUCUGUUCCAGUACCUAAGAAGAAGAAGUUGUGUUGAAAAAAUUAUUAAGAAUAAUUAAAUUACUUACUUUAACACUGCAUACUUAAACCACGAAAGCGAAAAAAGUCUCUUUAGGAACCCACAUAAAACGAUUUAGGUCAUAAAAGUUUAUAAAAAGGACAGUGAGAUAUCAGUGGGAUUCAAUUCAACCAACUUUUCUUCAAGCAAUAGUAAUUCCCACAAAAAUCUGGGUGCUAAUCAAAUGAAAGAAAAGAAAAAAAAUCCACAACUCAAGAAGCGGUUCUUAUAGGUCGGUAGGUUUUCAAAAAUUUCGUCAAAACAAUUCAGCUUAAAGUUAGAAUAAAACGGAAUACUUUGGGAUACCCAAUAAAUUAACCCAUAUGUCCUUACAAAAUUGUUUAUCUACAAAAUUAAAAAUGCAUAAAAAUUAAUAAAUUGUUGUAAAAAUAAAUA